GGUUGGUUCAAAAAUGCAUAAGCCACUAACUCAUACACUCUCUCUCUCUCUAAACAAUUAAAAUUUUCUCUCUCUAAACGAUCAGUGAGAGGCGAACUUUACUGAAGAAAUGGUUGUAAAUGCAGUUCAAAGGUUCGAAUUUCUUGGUGAUUCGAUUGACCUUUAAUUACUCUUUUUUAGAAUCGUACUAUUAACCAAAAAGGAGAGCCAAAAAAGAAAGAUUUUUUUUACUUCCUUUUUUUAAAAAAGAUUUGGAAUCUAUAUGACUUGUUAACUAGAUCGCUUUACUGAAUUCAUCAAAAUUAGUACAGAAUACUUUGUGAUUCGGGUCGUCAAUGUCGUCUGAUAUUAGUUAAAUAUACGAUUUCAUCUGCGAAUUGUAAGGAUUGUUGGAUUGAAGAAAGUUUUAGGGUUUACUGAUUUGACAAUCAUGGUGAAAUGCUUGAAGGGUUUCAUGGGAGUAGUUUAUGUGGAGGUUCUUGACAUUGGACUUGAUUGAUACUUGUGAUAUUGGUGAAUUGUUUCAAGAUUGUAGUUUGGUUUAGGGUUGGGAGUUUAGCUGUUUCUGAGCGAGGAUGGUGUUGGAUAGUCUGCUGCUUCCGACUGUGGGACCACCAAUAAAGCGGCGAGCAGGGUUGCGAAGGAAGCAGGCAGGAAGAGGUUCAUAUAGAGGGAGUUAGGGUGGUAGAAUUCUGCAGAAUUGGGGGUUUGUGGGGUUUUAUUGAUUAACCUGGUGUGUGGAGUUAGGAGGUGUUAGAAUAUUUUAACAGGGCGAAAUGGGUACUCAAUUGCACCAAGCACUCAGGGCCCUCUGUUUCAACACCGACUGGAAGUACGCUGUGUUCUGGAAACUCAAACAUGGAGCUCGAAUGAUGUUGACUUGGGAGGAUGCUUACUAUGAUAGCCAUGAGCAACAUGAUUCUUCUGAUAACAAGUGCUUUGAAAAGGAAGUCCGCAACUUCCACAAUGGGCGUUAUUCACAUGAUCCUCUUGGGUUAGCUGUUGCAAAGAUGUCAUAUCAUGUACAUGCACUUGGGGAAGGGAUUGUGGGACAGGUGGCAGUUACUGGAAAGCAUCUGUGGAUUUUUGGGGACAAACAUGUAAAUAAUUUCUCUUCAUCAUUUGAGUAUUAUGAGGGGUGGCAAACUCAGUUUUCAGCUGGGAUUAGGACUGUUGUUGUGGUGGCUGCACUUCCAUAUGGAGUUGUUCAGCUUGGCUCUUUAAAUAAAAUCACCGAGGACUUGAAGCUGGUGAACCGUAUCAGAGAAAUCUUUUUUGCGUUUCAAGAUUCCUCAAUGGGAUGUGUUCCCAGUGUAAUACAUUCUAAUAUGAAGACUUACUCCUGUAUGUCAGAUAUAUCUACAAGAAGUUCUUUUGGGAGUUCUUAUGAUUGCAUACACAACCUAGAUAAAACCAUGAGCAAGGAAAAGACAAAUAUUUGCUCUCCCAUGUUUUCAUCUCUUGGAAAAUCUAGUAACAAUUCUUACGUUGUUCCACUGCCUGGUGGUUAUUCGAAAAAGACAGUUGAACUGAUCAAUAAGCAUGGAGAGCUUCAGUUAUCAACACCAGGGGGUUGUGAAAGUGCCACCUUACUUCAAUCUAGAUACGAAAUUUUCCUUAAUGAGCGGCAGAAGCAGUUACAGACGAAAAUGAUUAUUGAUAAUGAGUGUGAAGGGAAGAUUAGUGGCUUUAGGGAUAUACAAGUAGGUUCAGAAGGCAACGAUACUUCAUCCUCACGUAAUUACUUUAAUGACAAAGCUGAUUUAUAUACCCCUUCUGCUGAUAAUUCUGGGGUAGACUUUAUGUACUUCCCUUCAGAUCUACUCCUCGAUUCUGCCACUUGGAAUAAUCGAAAUGAAGUGUUGUCUUUGGCAGAACCUUUCAACUUGGAAAUCCAAAAAGAUUCAGAGAAGAACUUACCAGAGUUCAAUGAUAUGGGCAAACUGAACAAGCCUUCCAAUUUUUCUGCUGGCAGUGAGCUGUAUGAAGCCCUUGGGCCAGCUUUUAGAAAACAAAAUACCUACUGUGAUUGGGAGGUAGAAAAGACUGAAGCUGAAGCAGCUAUUGAGAUGCCAGAGGGAAUGACCAGUAGUAGCCUGUUGACAACUGACUCUGGCUCAGAGCAUCUUCUAGAAGCAGUAGUGGCUAGUGUUUGCUGCCGUGGUAGUGAUGUUAAAAGUGAGAAAUCAUUCUGUAAACCAGUACAGUCCCUGUUGACAACUGAAAAGAUGCCAGAACCAACCUGUGAUAAGGAUACUUUUGAUUCAGCGGGUAAUUCAUUUGAUCAAUCUCUUGUAGAGGACUCUUGGCAAUGCUUGAACUCCUCAGAUGCAUAUGGUGUCGGGUCUUCAAAAGGCCUUUUGUCCACGAGUCACGGUACAUGCCUUGAACAGUUAGAGAGGCCACAAAGACUGGCUAAUAACAAAAAAAGGGGUGCUAAAUCUGGUGAAAAUUGUAGGCCCAGGCCAAGGGACAGACAAUUGAUCCAGGAUCGCAUUAAGGAGCUGCGAGAGCUUGUGCCCAAUGGAUCAAAGUGCAGUAUUGAUUCACUUCUAGAGCGUACAAUCAAGCACACGCUGUUUCUGCAAAGCAUGACUACACAUGCUGAGAAGCUAAAUAAAUGUGCUGAAUCAAAGUUACGAGAUAAGGAAAGUGGUAUACAGAGAUUAUCCAAUAAUGUGCAGGGUUCAAGCUGGGCCGUGGAAGUGGGGAGUCACCUGAAAGUUCCUAUAGUGGUAGAAAAUAUUAAUUUGAAUGGGCAGAUGCUUAUAGAGAUGUUGUGUGAGGAAUGCAGCCUUUUUCUUGAGAUAGCAGAUGCUAUCAAGAAUUUGGGUCUGACAAUUUUGAAAGGUGUAACAGAAGCCUAUGGCAAGAGAACCUGGAUGCGUUUUGUGGUUGAGGGCCAGAACAACAGAAGCAUGCAUAGGAUGGAUAUACUGUGGUCGCUUAUGCACAUAUUGCAACCUAAGGCUAUAGGUUAAGAGGGCAAAUGACUGUUAUUCAUCGUGAAUAACUUAGAACGGAAAAUCAUUUCCAGAGCAGAAAGACAAAACUGCAUAUACUUGCACCUACAUUAUGAUGGAUGAGGGGGCUAUGCAACUCCCAGAAACUGUCAUCUAGGCUCCUUUUAGUGUUACCGUGGUUCAUUUGUGACAUUUAAUUGGAUUUUCUGGUUUAUAAGCUUCUCUCUGCAGAUUGAUAAUUGCUGUAAAAGACCCUUUGUUUCUCUGCCAUGAAGUAUGUGCAAACUGGAUAUUUCUUUUUGUUUUGUUUUGUUUUUUAUAACAAAAUUUCCCUUCGGUUUUCUUUUCUAAUUUGUAUUUUGACAAUUGGUUCCAUCAUUUAUUCAGAAGUUUUCGAUACUUCAAAUAUUUUAUAUUUUA